UAUGGUGAAGAGAUAGCCUGCACUCAGAACGGCCAGAUGUACUUAAACAGGGACAUCUGGAAGCCCGCCCCCUGCCAGAUCUGCGUCUGCGACAACGGGGCCAUUCUCUGUGACAAGAUCCAGUGCCAGGAGGUGCUGGAGUGUGCCGACCCCAUCACGCCCGCUGGGGAGUGCUGCCCCGUCUGCCCACACACCUCCGGAGGGGGCGGCACCCACUUCGGUAGAGGAAGAAAGGGAGAGAAAGGAGAGCCAGGAUCAGUGCCUGUUGUGACAGGCAUCCGUGGUCGGCCCGGACCCUCGGGCCCUCCAGGAUCGCAGGGACCCCGAGGAGACAGAGGCCCCAAAGGAAAGCCUGGUCCCCGUGGUCCGCAGGGAAUUGAUGGGGAGCCAGGUGUUCCUGGCCAACCAGGGCCCCCGGGGCCUCCCGGACACCCGUCCCACCCGGGACCCGAUGGCAUAAGCAGGCCGUUUUCAGCACAGAUGGCCGGGCUGGACGACAAAGCCGGACUCGGCAGUCAGAUGGGGCUGAUGCCGGGCUCAGUGGGUCCUGUUGGCCCCAGGGGACCUCAAGGUUUACAAGGGCAGCAAGGCGGCGUUGGCCCUGCAGGACCUCCCGGGGAGCCUGGGGAGCCCGGACCGAUGGGUCCGAUUGGUGCUCGUGGACCAGAGGGCCCUCCUGGGAAACCUGGUGAAGAUGGAGAACCUGGGAGAAACGGGAGUCCUGGUGAGGUGGGCUUCUCAGGGUCUCCGGGAGCCAGAGGAUUUCCCGGGGCGCCCGGGCUGCCAGGCCUGAAGGGCCACCGCGGACAUAAAGGUCUUGAAGGCCCUAAAGGUGAAGUUGGAGCAACCGGUUCCAAGGGUGAAGCCGGUCCUACUGGCCCAAUGGGUGCCAUGGGUCCUAUGGGUCCCAGGGGAAUGCCGGGAGAGCGAGGCAGGCUGGGGCCGCAGGGCGCUCCGGGACAACGAGGUGCACACGGUAUGCCAGGAAAACCCGGGCCGAUGGGUCCUCUUGGGAUACCUGGCUCUUCUGGUUUUCCAGGAAAUCCUGGGAUGAAGGGAGAAGCAGGUCCCACUGGCGCCCGAGGCCCGGAAGGCCCACAGGGGCAGCGAGGCGAGACGGGGCCGCCGGGGCCCGUGGGCUCGCAGGGCCUCCUGGGCGCAGUGGGGACGGACGGUACUCCUGGCGCCAAAGGCCCAACGGGUUCCGCAGGCCCCUCUGGGCCCCCCGGCCUGGCAGGGCCCCCCGGAUCCCAAGGACCUCAGGGCAGCACUGGGCUUCCAGGAAUUCGAGGCCAACCGGGGGACCCAGGACGCCCAGGGGAACCAGGGCUGCCGGGAGCUCGGGGUCUGACAGGCAAUCCUGGGGUUCAAGGUCCUGAAGGAAAACUCGGGCCUUUGGGCGCUCCGGGGGAGGACGGCCGCCCCGGGCCCCCCGGCUCCAUAGGAAUCAGGGGGCAGCCUGGGACCAUGGGGCUCCCCGGCCCCAAGGGCAGCAGUGGCGAUCCUGGCAAGCCUGGGGAAGCAGGAAACGCUGGUGUCCCUGGACAGAGGGGGGCUCCUGGGAAAGACGGCGAAGUCGGCCCUUCUGGGCCCGUGGGCCCCCCGGGCCUCGCUGGGGAGAGAGGCGAGCAGGGCCCCCCCGGCCCCACCGGCUUUCAGGGGCUUCCGGGCCCCCCAGGGCCUCCCGGGGAAGGUGGGAAACCAGGAGAUCAGGGAGUUCCUGGUGAUCCGGGGGCCGUGGGCCCACUGGGACCCCGAGGAGAGCGAGGAAACCCGGGGGAGCGCGGAGAACCGGGGAUCACCGGGCUGCCCGGCGAGAAGGGGAUGGCCGGUGGGCACGGCCCCGAUGGCCCGAAGGGCAGCCCAGGACCAGCUGGCACCCCCGGGGACACGGGCCCUCCAGGCCUUCAAGGCAUGCCCGGGGAGCGAGGGAUUGCAGGGACGCCGGGCCCAAAGGGCGACAGGGGCGGCCUAGGAGAGAAAGGCUCUGAAGGCACAGCUGGGAACGAUGGAGCAAGGGGUCUGCCAGGCCCCCUGGGCCCCCCGGGUCCUGCAGGUCCCACUGGAGAAAAGGGAGAACCUGGCCCUCGAGGUUUAGUCGGCCCUCCUGGCUCGCGCGGCAAUCCUGGCUCCCGCGGUGAAAAUGGCCCCAUUGGUGCUGUUGGCUUCGCCGGCCCCCAGGGUCCCGAUGGGCAGCCAGGUGUGAAGGGGGAGCCCGGAGAGCCAGGACAGAAGGGAGACGCCGGCUCCCCGGGGCCACAGGGGCUGGCAGGAUCCCCAGGCCCCCACGGUCCGAAUGGGGUCCCCGGACUCAAAGGCGGGCGAGGAACACAGGGCCCUCCGGGCGCGACGGGAUUUCCUGGUUCUGCUGGCAGAGUUGGACCCCCAGGCCCUGUUGGAGCUCCAGGGCCAGCGGGACCCCUCGGGGAGCCCGGGAAGGAGGGGCCCCCGGGUCUUCGCGGGGACCCCGGCUCUCACGGGCGAGUGGGAGAUCGUGGACCAGCCGGCCCCCCCGGGGGCCCAGGAGACAAAGGGGACCCCGGAGAAGACGGGCAGCCUGGUGACCGCCCCCCGGGCCCAGCGGGCACCACGGGGCAGCGAGGGAUCGUGGGCAUGCCGGGCCAGCGCGGGGAGCGAGGCAUGCCCGGCCUGCCGGGCCCCGCGGGCACACCAGGAAAAGUGGGCGCGACGGGUGCCACCGGAGACAAAGGGCCCCCUGGGCCCGUGGGCCCCCCAGGCUCAAACGGCCCUGUCGGGGAGCCAGGACCUGAGGGCCCGGCGGGCAACGACGGCACUCCAGGCCGGGACGGCGCUGUUGGAGAGCGGGGUGACCGUGGAGACCCUGGACCCGCGGGUCUGCCAGGCUCUCAGGGUGCCCCCGGCACUCCCGGCCCCGUUGGCGCCCCCGGAGACGCAGGACAGAGAGGAGACCCGGGUUCCCGGGGUCCCAUAGGACCACCUGGUCGAGCUGGGAAGCGUGGCUUACCUGGACCCCAAGGGCCGCGCGGUGACAAAGGCGAUCACGGGGACCGCGGCGACCGGGGCCAGAAGGGCCACCGGGGGUUCACCGGUCUUCAGGGACUUCCCGGGCCUCCUGGUCCAAAUGGUGAGCAAGGCAGUGCUGGGAUCCCCGGACCAUUUGGCCCAAGAGGUCCCCCGGGCCCAGUGGGCCCCUCAGGGAAGGAAGGAAACCCCGGGCCGCUGGGCCCCAUCGGGCCUCCUGGAGUGCGGGGCAGCGUCGGGGAGGCGGGCCCCGAGGGUCCUCCGGGCGAGCCUGGCCCACCUGGGCCUCCAGGUCCCCCGGGCCACCUCACAGCUGCCCUCGGGGACAUCCUGGGGCACUACGAUGAGAACAUGCCAGACCCCCUCCCCGAGUUCACGGAAGACGAGGCGGCUCCUGACGACAAGAACAAGACGGACCCCGGCGUCCACGCCACCCUCAAGUCCCUCAGCAGCCAGAUCGAGACCAUGCGCAGCCCCGACGGCUCCAGGAAGCACCCGGCCCGCACCUGUGAGGACCUGAAGCUCUGCCACUCGGCCAAGCACAGCGGCGAGUACUGGAUUGACCCUAACCAGGGGUCCGUGGAAGACGCCAUCAAGGUUUUCUGCAACAUGGAGACGGGAGAGACGUGUAUCUCAGCCAACCCGUCGAGCAUCCCCCGGAAAACCUGGUGGACCAGCAAGUCGCCCGACCACAAGCCCGUCUGGUACGGCCUCGACAUGAACAGAGGAGCUCAGUUUGCUUACGGAGACCACCAGUCACCCAGUGCAGCCAUCACCCAGAUGACCUUCCUGCGCCUCUUAUCAAAAGAAGCGUCGCAGAACAUCACCUACAUCUGCAAGAACAGCGUCGGCUACAUGGACGACCAAGCGCAGAACCUCAAGAAGGCCGUGGUCCUUAAAGGGUCAAACGACUUGGACAUCAGAGCGGAAGGAAAUGUCAGGUUCAGAUACAUAGUCCUUCAGGACACUUGCUCUAAACGGAAUGGGAAUGUGGGCAAGACCGUCUUUGAAUACAGAACCCAGAACGUGGCGCGCUUGCCCAUCAUAGACCUGGCCCCCGUGGAUGUUGGCGGCACCGACCAAGAAUUCGGCGUCGAGAUCGGGCCAGUUUGCUUUGUGUGAAGCAGCCGUGGCCCGUUGACAGCGAGCAACACCCUCACCAUCCAUGGCCCCACCGGUCGCGAGAACCUGGCCUGCGUGAAGCUGAUCCUGAGACUCUUGAAGUGGCGGCUGGCUCCGGGCAGCCUGUACAGACGGUCUACGUGCCUGGCCUUAGCUUUCAGAAUAUUUAUUUUACUUACAGUCCUCGAGUGUCCACUGAGUUAAAGGAUUUUUCAAUACAGAAGUUUGGGUGUAAGACGACCAAUGACAAUGACCACCUUUAAGAAAAAGUAAACAGAUUGAAUACAUAGUCUUUGUUUUCUUCAGUUUAUUUCAAUGUAAUGAUAAAGUUGCUUAGUAUUUAUGAGAAAACUCUUCUUCCUGGCCGGUAGCUCAGAGAGUGGGGUCUGUGACACCACAGCACAUGUUUCUCUCCCGUGGCUGCAGUUGGACAAAUAGAAGGUGGUGCCUUUUUGCGACCUCUCAGACCCGAUGAUCAAUUAAAAGUGAAAGAUGAUCAAUCAGGGGUUGACCUUGAGUUAGAAACCCUCGUGCAUGUCUUGAUAUUGUAUAACUAUCAGAGACUCUUUAAAGAGAAUCAUGAAAAAAAUGGUUCCUCACUGUUUUAAAUGGACUUUUUAAAUAAUAUAUAUUCAGUGAAAUUUCUUAAAAACAAAGUGAACUUAGAUUUUAUAAAGGGUGGUAAGUGUAGACUUUUUCCUCAUUCAGAUUUAAAGAUAUCUUUCCCUCUUGACUUAGCCUAUUAAUACAGCUGGAAGUCACAUGAGUAAACCAUUGGGUACAGCACUUUCUUGUUUAAGAAGACAUUGAAUGCAAAACUUUCACACAUACAACCUUAUCAGCAUGUCCAGGACUCAGAGCUGAGAGUCUUCCGAUGGCAGUAGCAUCGUCCCGAAGCCUGUAAUGAAGAAAAGAUUGUUUAGAAACCCAGCCGUGGAGCUGACUGAUCGGAUGUGAUGAUUGGAAAUAGAACCAUCUGGCCAUUGAACUCUCUGAGGAAACAUGACCAACAUGUCUUAGCAUGAGCUACCUCAUCUCUAGAAGCUGGGAUGGACUUACUAUUCUUGUUUAUAUUUAGAUACUGAAAGGUGCUAUGCUUCUGUUGUUAUUCCAAGACUGGAGAUAGGCAGGGAUAAAAUGUAUUGUUAUUUUUCCUUUAAUGAUGGUGCUAAAAGUCCUCUAUACAAUUCUUUAAAAAUAAAGAUGGUUUCAUCAGUGCCAUCUGUGAAAGCCUUAGACGUGGCCAUUUCUGAAAGAGGGGCCGUUGCUCUGGGCCUCCCCACUGUCCCCCUCACGCUGUAUCUGGGAUGCUUGUAACCUGCCUGCUUCCUAGUCCGAGCAUGUUGGGCCUGUGUCUCAAGGUUGUUGUGUUUCCUUAAUCGCAUUGUGUUGGCUCCAUUUUAAUUUCUUCUUUAACAAUAAACAGCUGGGACCAUCCCAACGCCAAGCCACGCACACAGCUGUAGUCAUGUAUCUGCAGAGCAUCGAAUUAAAUGCACGCUUUUGUCACGUCAA